GAACUAGCUCCGACACCCAGCCAUGUUUUUGCUUGUCAGUUGUUUGGCCCUUGUAGCCUCCACUCUGGGGUGUGGAGUCCCCGCCAUUAAGCCCCAAGUGAGCGGAUACAACAAAAUUGUGAACGGAGAGAAUGCUGUGUCUGGAUCCUGGCCCUGGCAGGUUUCUCUUCAGGAUGGGUCAGGCUUUCACUUCUGUGGAGGUUCCCUGAUCAACCAGUACUGGGUUGUGACCGCUGCUCACUGCCGUGUGUCCCCCAAUUACCAUCGUGUGAUCCUGGGAGAGUAUGACCGUAACUACAACGGCGAGCCCAUUCAGAUCAAAACCAUCUCCAGGGCCAUCUCCCACCCCUACUACAACAGCAACACCUUCACCAAUGACAUCACCCUCCUGAAGCUGUCCUCACCUGCCCAGAUGACCAGUCGUAUUUCCCCUGUGUGUUUGGCCUCCUCCAGCACCAGCAUCCCAUCCGGAACCAUUUGUGUGACUACUGGAUGGGGCCGCACUGGAACCACCUCAAGCCCCCGUUACCUCCAGCAGACCUCUUUGCCUCUGCUGAGCCCUGCUCAGUGCAAGCAGUACUGGGGACAGAACAGAAUCAAUGACGCCAUGAUCUGUGCUGGUGCAUCCGGAGUGUCUUCCUGUCAGGGUGACUCUGGCGGCCCUCUGGUCUGUCAGAGCGGUGGGGUGUGGUCUCAGGUUGGUAUUGUGUCCUGGGGAACCUCAAACUGUAACGUCUAUGCUCCUGCUGUGUAUGCCCGUGUGUCCUACCUGCGCAGCUGGAUCGACCAGACCCUCGCUUAUAACUAAAGCACCAAA